AUGAGAGUAUCAGUAUAUGGGAAAUGGUUCCAAGGGAUUUGCACAGGAAAAAAAAAAGAAGCACUGAGAUCAUGGAGUGAACUCACUAGAGGAAAGAAAGAUCAGCAAAACUUCGAAACCAGAUUUCGACUCUAUACAGACAGAGCUGGAGGCAACUGCCAGAUUUUUGUUAAUCAGCUGGAGACUCUUGACAAAUGCCAUUUCAAUGCCUCUCUUCCUCUGGUGAUGAUAGUCCAUGGCUGGUCGGUGGAUGGGAUAUUGGAAAGCUGGAUUUGGAAAAUGGCAGCAGCUCUGAAGUCCCACCCUGAGCCGAUGAACGUGAUCAUUGCAGACUGGCUGACCCUGGCUCACCAGCACUAUCCCAUUGCCGUGCGGAACACGCGCACCACGGGACACGAGAUCGCGCGCUUCCUGCAGUGGCUGGAGGAAUCUGUUCAAUUUUCCAGAAGCAAUGCUCAUCUAAUUGGAUACAGCCUGGGAGCUCAUGUUUCAGGAUUUGCUGGAAGUUUUAUCAAUGGUACAAAAAAGAUUGGAAGAAUUACAGGCCUUGACCCUGCUGGGCCCCUGUUUGAGGGAAUGUCACCCACAGACCGAUUAUCUCCAGAUGAUGCAAACUUUGUGGAUGCAAUUCAUACCUUCACCAAACAGCACAUGGGCCUCAGUGUUGGCAUCAAGCAGCCAGUGGCUCAUUUUGACUUUUACCCCAAUGGAGGCACCUUCCAGCCUGGCUGUCACAUCCUGCACGUGUACAACCACAUUGCACAGCUGGGGAUUGCUGGCAUCACUCAAACUGUGAAAUGUGCCCAUGAGAGGUCAGUUCACUUGUUCAUCGACUCUCUGCUGCACAAGGACAAGCAAAGCACAGCGUACUGGUGCAACGACAUCAACACCUUCAACAAAGGGCUGUGCCUCAGCUGCAAGAAGAACCGCUGUAACACCCUGGGCUACAACAUCAGGGAGGAAAGGCUGCCCAAAAGCAGACGACUCUUUCUGAAAACAAGAGCGCAUAUGCCCUUCAAAGUGUAUCAUUAUCAGUUCAAGAUCCACAUCAUCAAUGAAAUCCAAGGCAAGCCCAUAGACCCAGCUUUCACCAUGUCUCUGACAGGGACUAAGGCAGAUGCUAAAAACCUGCACAUCCCACUAGUUGAAAGUAUUACUGGGAAUAAAACCUACUCAUUUCUCAUCACCCUGGACAAUGAUAUUGGUGACAUCAUAAUGAUCAAGUUCAAAUGGGAAUUACCUCCACUUUGGGGAAAUAUCUGGGACACAUUUCAAACCAUAAUACCAUGGACAAAAGGCACUCGUCGACCAGGACUUAUAGUGAAGGAAAUAAGAGUGAAAGCAGGGGAAACACAGCAAAAAUACACAUUUUGCCCCCAAAGCACUGACAAUAUUCACCUUCAUCCAUCCCAAGAGAAGAUAUUUGUGAGCUGUGAAGAUCUCUUCCAGACCCAAAACAGAAAAUGAGCAAGACAAGAAGGCAACUUCUCACCAAAAUAUUCAAAAUAUGAUACAUCUAGUAAAAUGUUCUAAAAAUUAACAGUCAAAUAUCCUAGCAGUUUCAGAGAUGGUAAAAAAUACAUUAAGAUAUUUAGUUUUUGUCAUCUGAGUGAACUGAAAUAUGCUCUUUGCUCAUCUAGGAGCAUACUCUGAAAAUCAUCAGUGAGCAGCUUCAUCAAGGCAACUGUCAAUUUUCAACUGUUUAAAAUCUGAAAAAAACAUCUGCUCACCAGAAAUAAAAAUAUUAUUUGACAAAAUCAUCAUCAUAAGCCUUUGAAAAACUUAAUUUUGUUGGAUAUAAGGGGAAAAAAGGAAUUAAUUUCAUGCUAAAUACAUUGAAGUAUUAAUAGCUACGACUAUCAGUUAAAACCUUGCUAAAUGAUUUCCUAAUGAAGGGAGAAUUAAAUAGAUCAUAAAAGAAAAUAUGACCAAAUAGAUAUAAAAACAGAAAAUGUUUAAGCUGUAAUAACCAUAUGAAAACCCCAAUAAUACUAUCAUCUAAAAAUUCUAUAAUAAACCUUAUUCUCUGAAAAUGCUUUGCUAUUUAACUAUUUUAAUUAAAGAACUGAUUUAAAUUACUAGCAAUUUAAUUAUUUGAAUGAUGCUUAGUGUUCUACACAAAAUUACAGCACAACUAAGUUCAGUUAAUUUUUUGCAUUUAAAUCAUAUUUAGCCAUUCAGGUAAGGUCUGAGAUUUUUAGAUUCUAAAUCUCUGUAUACCAGAUUUUGGCAUGACUUGAAACUGCCAGAAUAAAUUAAAAUGGCUAAACCUUCAAACAAUUUCAGAGCAUAAAAACAAACUUUAUAAGGUCAAACAUAUACAAUUCCCUUGUUUCCUCUGUCAGAAUAUAAACAACGGAAAGGAACAUUAUUGUCUCAGAUUGCUUUUAUUCUAUGGUUUGUGCAUACUGAAACAGAAAUCAAUGUAUAUGUAUUCAUUUGUCACUUUAAUGCUGAGCACAAGAUUAAUUAAAAAUUAAGGUUUCUUGAACUCUGAAUUUUGAAUGUAAUUUGUGUAAAAUGUUCUCUAAGUGGUAAAAAAAUGUGCAAGAAAGUGCUAAGACUUGAAGCAAAGCAUAUUUUUUAAUACCAAGAUAUUGCAGGGAAUUUUUAAUCAAAAUAUCCAGAUGUUAUCAGGAAUAAAGUGGGAUUUAUUUAGAUUGCCCGACAAAUGAAGAAGCUGAGCAGAUCCUGCACGCAGUGAACAGUGAUCAGAUCUGGAAUGCAGGUAUCUCUGCCAACCCUUCAGAAUAUUAACUCCUUUUACAAGCUGUUUUCAAGAACUACCAUCCCUUUAAACAAACAGGAAUACUCAGUCAGAAAGGCUCACAAACUACAACAGGAACUGAAGCAUACUUAGAUCUCAAAUGAGAGUUGUUGUCCAUCCUGAGGUGUACAUGUCAGAAGCUGUUCCAAUAUUUAAAAUGGCUCCUAGGAGUAGCAUCAUGAUUAGAUAAAUAUUUAUCUAUUUAAAUACAGAUUCCAUGCAAAAGGAUCCUUGCUCCUCAGUGAAAACAAAGGUUUGUGCUUUGAAAGCUUCUAUUCAAUGAAGCAAACUGGUUUUUUGAACACAAAAGUAUUUCCACCUUCUGUGUCAAAAAUUACAAUUCAAGUGAUUAAUUUCAUGCUUCAGGUUUCUACCUUGAAUAUUUAAAUUUUGCAUCAUAAUUACUUUAUGAGAGCUCUGCAAUACAUUCUGUGUUUGUGUAAGAAUCAAUUGCUGAAGUGCAAUAGCUGAGUCAAAUCAGGAACGUACACAGAAGGAAACUUGAGCCCAAAGUAUGUGAGAACAUUGGGUAAGCACCAAGGCCUUUUGUUUGGAUACUUUUUUACAUUUGCAGUAGCUAUAAUCCACUGGAGGGACUCAAUUGCUGGAGACCCAGUCAGAGCAUUUUUAGGGGCAUGAAGUUACAAUGAACCACGUCCUGCAGAAUGACAGGCAAGGAACAAAUGACAAUGUGGCCAUUUUAGUGUUCCAAACCACAAUGGAAAAUGAGAGAGAGAAGAAUGAGAAAAUGGUAAACAGAGAGAGAAGUAUGUGUGGCUAACUCAAAUUAGGCACCUCUCUAGAUUGUUUCUAGAAUUGAAUUGUUGCUUCUGCAAAAAGCUACUAAAGACCUGCCACUUACUUUUGUUUUAGGGUUUCCUUUUUUCAUAAAAUUCUUGUCUAUUUAGAGAAUUUAGUACUGUCACUGAAAUUGCAUUUCCAUCAGUUAUCACCAACUUUCUAAGCUAUGAAUUCUGUAAGCUUUCUGAACCAAAUCCCACCCCUACUCCUCAAAAAAAGCUUUUUUCAGAAGAAGUUGAAGGAUGACAAAGCAAGAGACAAAGGCUAAAAAGAAUUGGGCUGUACUCCAACAGUACAGAAACUACACUCUUAGAAACAUUUCAGAAAUCAAAAUUGGCAUUCUUGCAAAUGACUAUCACUUUCUUGGUAAGGAGGCUGAUAAAGGGAUCUAAACUUCAGGAGAAGCAGGCAUUACUUCAGGAAAAGCAGGUGGAAGGCUGUUCAGAGGUGUCUGCAUUGUGCUGGAAUUCAAGAAGUGGGUGUUGGAUGACUUCUAGUGUUUGUGAAAAAACAUUCUCCAGUUCUCAACUAAAUGAAGAUGGUAUAUCCUCAGAUAAGACAAUUUGAAAGGUUUUAAAAAGCCAAGUAGGAAAAUUAAAGGAACAGUCAGCAUGUGAACUCUUGCAGAUAUGAAGAUCCUUCUGAUGCCAUGUUUCACAAAUCAUACCAAACAUAUUCUGUCCCUGUUUUGACAGCCAUUACACUAAUUUCUGAUAUAAACAUGGAAUAAAGCCCAAGCUGUAAUACAUUCAGUCUCAGCAUGCCUGAACAUAAAACUGAAGUCAUACCAACAAUCUCAAGUGCCUAAGGUGGUGCCUUACUCUGUCUCACUGGAAUUACUCCUGUCUCUCUCCAUACAGCCGACUUGAGACCUUGGAAGCCACCAGGUGCUCACUCCUGUCAGAGCACACCCAGCUCAGUGACAGAAUGGCUGCUGUCUUUUUCAUCACUGUCUGUAAUAAUCAACUUCCAAUGUUCAGAAACAAAAGCCUCUUCCUUCCUUUUUGUGUUUUUCCUGAAAGAAAUAUUGGAACACUAAUUAAAAACCAAAUUACAUCAGUGGUAUGGUAUAGUUUCAUUGCUUAAGAGGACUUUGAUGCCUUUGUCAUGCUCACACCAUUCUGACUACUCCAUAUAUGCUUCUACACAAGGUGAAUAUAUACAUUUAACAACUGAACAUUACAAAAUGCAAGAUGAAUAAAUUAGUAGGUACAAAUAAGAUUGUCAAAUAUUAGCUAGAAAAAAUUAUGUACUGAUUUGUUUCACUUAUACUUUAAAAUAUACAUGAAACUUGCAUUUGAGCUGCUCAGGCAUUAUUCCACCCCUCUGGGCUGUGUUCUUACAGAGAUUUAAACACAGCCACCACCACCUCUGUGAGGAUUUACAGAAGGGCUCUGCUCCAAGGGAUUUUCUUUUAAUGCCCUUUGCACAGACAGUGCUAUUUAGCUGCAGGGAGAAGCACUUCUAUAAAAAGUCCUGGGGGUGGUGGGGGAGCCUUGUGAGGAAGGAACUGUGAGUGUGCUUUGAUAACAUCAAAGUUCACCCCGCUCCCUUCGGGAAACAGAUGUCCAGGCAGGACUUCAACAAACAGCCUGAAGAAUGGAAGACUCAGGCAGGACCUGGCUUUGAAAAGCAGUCUUAUCACUUAAAUCAGCCAUGCAACACACACAAAAACCCAGAGGGUCAGCUUAGCAGUUUUAAAAUGCCUUGCAAAAAGCACAUUUGCUCCUUCUGUCUCAUCCACCAAUUGUGUAUUAUUCAGAGCAUUGCAUAUUAAUUCCAGUAUUCCUCUCCAAAUAUAUUUCCAAAGGUAUCCAUCAGUAACAAUGAUGCCAGGCUUGAACAUCCCACCAGCAACUAGUUUUUCAUUUUGGAGGUAAGAAAAUUUUAUUCCUGUGAUCAUGUAAGUAAUUUAAAAUUAAUUUCAUGGCUUUCCCUAAACAGGUUACACAAACACAUUUAUUCUUAGAUAUAACUGCAGGACGUUAAAAUUGAGAGGGACACUUUGACAGAGAUAGUACAACUACAGUUUGGCAUGACAGUAGAAGCCAAAAAUCAAGCAAAGUGGAAUGUGUGUAUUCCUCUUUGCUUUCAGGGCUCAACAAGUAAAUGGAUCUUCAGAAGAUUAUUUCAUCAAGUCUAUUUAUUAAUGCAUUUCAAGUUUCAAAAAACCUUACAUAUCUUUGCACAAUACUUUAUUUUUUGCAUUUUUUAGUAAAAAUUUCCAAAGUGAACAAAAAAGAGACUGUAUAAAACACAGUGGACAUGAAAUCGACAGUAGUAUUUCUGUUUCAUUGUCUUGAACUUCCUUUCGGCUUUACCACAUCUUGACUUGCAGUGGAGAGUUCAGUGCACAUUUCUGUUUUCAAAAAACAUUUAACUUAGACUCAAAAUAAAAUAGGGCAGCAUUUGUCUGCCAAAAUCCUACCACAGGAUAACAUUACAGGCAAAAAAUUUACAUGUUCCAAAGUCUACCACACUCAAGAAGUUACUAAGAACUCUUGCUGAAUAAAAGUCACCAUUUUAGAAAUGCAAACCCACUUCCAAUCUUUGCACAGUCUUAAAACAAAUGUAUUUAAAAUGACUUAAAAGCAACUACAUACACUUCUAACUAGUUAAGAUCAUUUAGAAUUAUUUAUAUAGUCUAUUGGACUUGGGGUUUCAUGUACAAAAUUUGUCUCUAAACCAUGUACAAAAAGCUGUAUUUUGAAAAAGUUACCACAUACUGUACAAGUUUACAAGGAAGAGAUCCCAUUAUAUUCUGUAACAUUUUUGGCCUUGCUGGCUUGCGUCACAUUAUGAGAAUGAUUGUGUAAACCUUAUACUCUUAAAAAAGAAAACAAAACAAAA